AUGAUCGCCCAAUAUACCGGGCGGAACCAGCGCAGGUGGGACGAGGCGGAUCCGGCGAUCCAGUUCGCGCUCAACACGGCCAUGCAAGAGUCAACCGGGUACACGCCCGCAUAUUUAAAUUACGGGCGAGAACUACGCACACCGUACGACAACCAGCGACCGGGCGCCGCACCGCCACCACCCGAAGUAAACCGGAAAAACCUACAAGAAGUCUUCGAGCUCGUCCGCGUAAACCUCGCCUGGGCAUACCAGAAACAGGAACGGUUUUAUAACUUGCGCCGACGACCGUGGAGACCGCGAACCGGGGAACAAGUAUGGAAACGCGAACACACGCUCUCGAAUAAAGCUCGCGCAGUAAACGCAAAGUUGUCACCACGCUACAGCGGCCCAUACACGAUAUGCCAAAUUAUAUCACCGGUAAUUGUCGACCUUAGGAAUCGUCGCGGUCGUAUCAUCCCGGAUAUACACAGCCAGGACCUAAAGAUGGUAAACAACCAGGCACCAUAG